UAGACGGAAAGUUGAAUAUCUUGAACAAGCUUUGAAAAAGGUGUAUGGUGAGAGCAGGGGUAAAGCUUUGGUCGAAGAGGUAAAGGAUGAAAUGCGUCUUUUGUUUGACCAUUACAAGCAUAGGCUCGGACUUCCUGGCAGUUCUCCCAUUGUGAUUCAGGAAGAUGUGCAAGAACCUAGUGGAAGUGGGGAUGGGAAGAAGAAAGGGAAGAUUUGGGGUGAUUUUAGGAAAAUGAAAAGAGAUGCCAUUCUGAAAGGAACUAGAAAAAGUUCCAAAUCUGAGUUUGAUAGGUACCUUGAGGAGGAGGAGGAUGAUGAAGUGGUUACACGAGCAUUGAUGGGUUCAGAAGAGGAUGAAUACAAGUUUGACAUCUUGGGAUGGUGGUCUCGAAGUGGGAUGAAAUAUCCUACUAUUUCUGAGAUGGCUAGGGAUAUUCUUGCUGUUCCUAUUUCCACUGUUGCUUCUGAGUCGGCAUUCAGCACAGGAGGUCGAGUUUUAGAUUCGUUUAGGACCUCCUUAUCCCCUGAAGUUGUGGAGGCGUUGAUUUGUUGUGAAGAUUGGAUAAGAUCUUCAGACUCCGAGUUGGUGGCUGAUGGAGAAGAUGAGGGUGAUGAAGUGGUAUUUCAAAAUGUAUAUGUAGCUUUUCAAGCUCGGAGUGCAAGUGCACCUGCAGCUGCAGGACCUAGUGGAAGCUCUCAUGCAGGACCCAGUAGAAGCUCUCCUGCUACCCAUGUUUUGGUCUCGAGUCCUACUAUGUCACAAGUGGAAGAAGACUAUGUCGACAACAAUUCCGAUGAGAAUGAUGAGACUUAUGUAGAUGUAGAGCCUGAUGAGGAGUGAUAAUGGUAGUAGUAUUUAUCUUGUAUGGUGGAUGAAUUUUUAUUUUACUUGGAUGUUAUCAUUUGAGAAUUGUAAAACUAAUGUGUUUAAUUACGAGUUUAAGAUAAUCUCAUCUAUGAUUGUCGUAUUUUAUGUUGAACAAAAUUAUUUAUAAUUUUGCGCCAAACACCAAACAUUUUUUUGCAUAUGAUAGU